UCUCUUUCAAUUUAAUGAAUCGCUGGCUACCGUACGGCGGCGUCGCUUCCACGUCGGACGCGGGCGACAGCAGAGCUGCUGCAAUAGUUACAGUUAAAGCUCUUUGGAAGUGUGUGUGUUUUUUUAGGGUUUGUCGCGCGCUUUCAAUUUGCGUUUCAAUUUCGUUUUACGCUUCAUUUGCGUAACGUGCAGCUGUGUGAACUGUGGCCCUGUCCCUGCACUUGGACAUCAUGCUUCAAUGCUGUUCCCAAUUACCGUCAUCGAGUACAUAAAACUGUGCACAGUAAGUUGUGGCGUGCGCCGCCGCCCUUUGGUUAUUUUUUGUUGACUUCAAUGAAGCGUCGCCACAGGUCUGUAAAUCCCCUAUGUGUAUGUGUGUGUGUGUGCAUGUGUGUGUCUGGAGGGGGUGUGUGAGCUCAUAUGGGCAAUCUGUUCGCCAGAUGUUUAUGUAUAGCAUUUCGCGCUAACUGUUCCCAGGGCCGUCAUCGUCGUCUAUUCUUGAUUUUUUUACAGUUUUCUUUGUUUCGCAUGCAGUUUUCCUAUAUUAAUAUGCCACUUCACUGGAAGUUCUGAGCAACAACUGCAGCAGCAAGAGCAGUUUUAUAGUGAAAAAUAUACCACUAGUUGUAUAAAUAAACUCUUAUCUGACCAGACUUAGCCUUAUCAGUUAUUGCGUUUGUCGCGCGUUUAUCAGUUCGCUCUCUCGCAUUCCAAACAAAAGAUUGAGAAAACAAACUAAACAACAUUUCAGCUUUCCACACAUAAGUUGUCACAUGUGUGUGUGUGUAUAUAUACACUACCUGGAAAUUCUAGCUGAUAAAGUGAUAAAAACAAAUAUAGUACUGCUACACAGUAAAAAAAAGUAGUUCAAUUCAAGAGUAUAUGUCUCAGGUUUCGAAUUUGAUUAGGGCAAAAAAGUGAGAAAGUCUUAAAUCAACCACCAACUCACUUGUGAUGACGAGCUAAAUCAGUAAGUCCUAAACGUAUUUAGCUUUCAAACAGCUAAUAAUUUUUUGCUCCGUGUAAUUUCGCGCACUUCUCUCUGUAAUUGUCUCUGCCCCGCCACUUGAUGUGGUUCUUAUCGACAGCGUCAGUUUUUAAAGUUCGGUGGACACAGCUGAAAUUCUUAUUGUUGUUCUCUUUUGUGUUUUGUUUUGUGAGUUGUUUCGAACGUGGCAAUGCAAGCUAAAUAAUCAACAGCUCUUAACUUUUUCUUGCAGCGAAACUGUAACUAAAUCGCUAUAACAAUCCGAGGUGUUUGGGAACCUUCUUCUUAGCUAAAAAUUUUCGAAAAUCAGAUACCUAUUGUAGAAACCUUAACCCCUUACCCAAGUAAAUUAGCAGCUGGUGCCGGGUGCAGAAGGCUCUGUAAUAGACAUAAAACUAACACAGCAUGGUACGCAGUCGUCGCAGCCUAUCCAAGGAGGAUGCCGUCUCUGUGCUCACGGACAGCGGUAUAUCGCUGUCAUCGCCGCCGGCGGCUCGCGAUUUCUCGCCCGCUGCCACGGCCAUUAAGCGUCGCAAGAGCAGCCUCAACAGUCUGCAAGAUUUGUAUGUGGAUGCAGAGCCCGAAGCCGAGCAGGACUCGACGGAUGCCGAUGCGGACUAUAUUCAGCCGAAACCAAAGAAAUCACCACGCAAAGCAGAAUCCACCAAACGCAAGCAACACGUGUGCUCCCAUUGCUCGAAGGAGUUCGGCGGCAAGACCGAUCUGCUGCGUCACAUGCUCAUCCACUCCGACGAGCGACCACACAAAUGUGCUGAGUGCGGCAAAUGCUAUCGUCAGGCGGUGAAUCUUAAGAACCACAUCACCACCGCCCAUGAGCACAAGAAACAGUUCGCUUGCAGCCAGUGCCCUAAAUCAUUUGCCCUGAAGGAGCGCCUCAAACUGCACAUGCGUUUGCAUUCGGGCGAGAAGCCAUAUCCAUGUGCACUCUGCGAGAAACGCUUCGCACGUGGCGGUCAACUGCAACAGCACAUGGUAUCCCAUCACAAGACGAGUAUUCAGCAAUUCAACUGCACCAAAUGCUCGGCCAGCUUUUCGACCAAUGCCAAUCUGCGCGUACACAUGGAGCGACACGAGCAGGGAAUGGAGCACAGAUGCUCCAUAUGUGAGAAUCAGUUUGCUAAUGAAUUGGCACUGCGCGCUCAUAUCAAUCAGGAGCACCACAAGCUGAGUCAAUUUGAUUGUGAAAUUUGCCAUAAGACCAUCGAACCGGAUGAGGAUCUGGCCACGCAUAUGCAGAAACAUGCCGCAGUCAAGACGCACGUAUGCGAGGUGUGCAAUUCGUAUUUUACCCAAAAGUCGCAAUACAAUGUGCAUAUGCGAAUGCACACGGGGGAGCGGCCAUAUCAGUGUCGGAUCUGUCAUCAAACGUUUGCCCACUCCAGCGUCCUAAAGCUGCACAUACGAAAACACACGGGUGAAAAGCCAUUUCGCUGCCAACUAUGUACGGAUGAGGUGGCCUUUUCGCAGCUAGCGCAUCUCAAGAAUCACAUGAAAAAGAUACAUAAACAGCAGAAGCCCUACAUGUGCCCUGGCUGCCAGGAGUUCUUUAAAAUCAAAGUGGAGCUGCAGGCGCAUGCUGAGCAGUGUGGCAAGUGUCAAGCAACAGAGGAACUUAACGAUAGCCAAACAGAAGAUGCACAUACGCUUUCUAACAUUCGCUUCAAUAUUGCCGUUGUGCUGAAAAAGAUAAGCUCGGCACAGAAGUUGCGUCAGCUAGGUUAUGAGAAGCGUCUAAUUGAUAAUGUUAUCAUUGCAUCACUCAAGCUGGCACAGCGUCCAUCACAUGACGAUCCGACGCUGACGCCUUUGGCUAGGCUGCGUUUAAAUGUGGAGGAGUUUCUCAAGUGGAUUGUGCCGGCGCAGACCAUGCAAAAGUUUAGCGAGGAGCUGCUCUCGAUCGAUACGAUACUCGACAAGAUUGCGACCAUGUACAUGAAGCAGAAGUAAAAAGCAACUAUUGCUCACUGCUUCUGACCAAAGCGAUUGUGCCAUAGAGUAAACGCGCUUAGAAUUAGUUCUUGCCAUUUAAUUUAGCUUAAACCCAAAAAGUUAAAUAGAAAAUUUUACCAAAUGAUUUAGUCCAAAGAUGUUAGGAUUUAAGCACCGAUACUUUGAAUUUACAUUAUAUUAGUUUUGCCUUUACCAAAAAAAAUUUGUUUAUUAACAACACAUGAAAACACAUAAAGUGAAUAUGUUCCAUUAUACGAAAACUUGCCAGAGCAGUGCUUACCGCUUAGUUUUUACUUUAAGUUCAAUUUAAUUCAAUUCAUUGUGGCCAUGCAUAUUUAUUUACAGAGUAGCAUUUGAGUCCACAUUAUUGUCGUUAGUUUACAAUGUACAACCCUCAUUCACUAAACCAAAUAUAAACCAUUGUAUAAUCCCAAUAAUAAUUAAGUAUUGUAAAUGUACACGUUAAGAAGUGAAUACCUUUAGCAAGUUUAAAAUAAAUGAAAUCAGUUUAGAGUCAAUAUUU